GGAGAUUAAAAAAUUAAAAAAAAAAAAGUAGAUGUCAGAAGCUGACAGAUUGAAGAAGAUGAAACCCAGUAAACCCGCCUGCUUAUUCAGAGUAUGCAUGUGAUAGCUUGAGCUUUUACCAAGCCUAUGCUUAUCCCAAGAGGGCAGUCUAGUCAUAAACCGCACAAAUAUUUGCAGCCUAGCGAUUUAACGAGUGAGGAACUUUCAUUUCUGGCAAAACCAGCAGUGACCAAUUAAUUGCGUCGCUAAUAAACAAUGAAUUUUACAAGCACAUUAUGGCUACAUUAAUUGUCUGUUUAAAGGAAAGAGGGAAGAAACUUCUAUCCUUUUGGAAUAUAUAUUACAAAGAGGGGUAAAAAAAGAGAGAGAGAGAGAGAGAGAGAGAGAGAAAGAUUCGACUGUUCGCUGUUGAAUUUCCUAUGUUUUUUGCUCUCUUUUUCUACAUCAAUCUUUGUAGCAUGCAGUAGCAGAGAAGGAAAAAAGAAAUAAAAAACUGCGGAAGAAGCCAGCAAUUUCUGAGAUUUCCAAAUCUUAUCAAUCCCAUCUCUUCUUUCUUUCUAUUAUGGCAUUCUGUUGUGCCAUAAAUCUCAGAAAGCAUAUUCAGAUCAACCCAUAUAUCAUUGUAUAUGCUUGUUUUCAAUAAUCCAAUCUUUUCUUCGGCUUCAAGAAAUCAAGUUAUGAUAGAAAGCUAAAUUUUCCAAUUCUCGUUAAAGAAGUUGUAGUGGGCUUCCUCUUAUGAGUAGUAUAUAUCUAGUGCAUGCAACUCUAGCUGCAGCUGCAGGUAUACAGACUACCAGAAACCAACCAAACUUUAUUUCAUGUGAGAUGUGUGCAGGUGCUUGGAAGGCAAAACAAAUGUGAUUAGCAGAGUCACUAAGUCUGUGUCUUUCUUCUGUUCUGGUAACGCUGGUUUCCUUGCAUGCUGCUCAUGGUAGGAAGAAAAUAGCUGGCUAGGAAGAUGAUCAUGAUGGGUUUCUUAUUGCAUGUUUAACUUGUUUAUUUUCAUUUUUAAUUAAUGAUCUGCUGUUGAAGCUGAUGCGAUCGGAUUCAGGUCUGCACUGACCAGAGCUAUAGCUACCAGCUGUUGGUGUUGGAGAUUCUCCGGCUAUCUCUGCUUCAAAAGGGAUGCCACUCUAGUGGAGUAAUGGGUGGUUGUUGCAUUCAUUUCAUGCACUCUCAAAGCACAAUCCUUUGCAAUCCUUCCUCUUCCUUCUCUUUCAAUCAUGUCGUCUUUCAGGUGGCUCCGCCUCAUGGGACUCGCAAGCAAACCUUCUGAUCAUUGCAAUGGUGGUACAUACGACAGCGUUUUGGGCUCCACAGAGUGUUAUGCUUGUACUCAGGUUGGCGUCCCCGCCUUCCAUUCUAUCAGCUGUGACAGCGCCACUGCUCGUCACCCCCAUUGGCAAGCCUCCGCCGGCUCUUCCCUCGUUCCAAUACAUGCUAGUGCUACUUCGCCUAAGUGUAACCCGACCCGUGUUCUCACAUGCCCUUUUGGGCCCAUCCUGGAUCCACGUAGCAAGUGGGUCCAGUGGUGGAACCGGGUCUUCUUGAUAGCACGUGGUGUUUCUUUGGCUGUUGAUCCGCUUUUCUUUUACGCCUUGACGUUAUCGUUAGGGAAAGGUGGGGCACCGUGCUUGUACGUGGAUGAAGGUGUGGCGGCUUUCUUUACUGUCGCUCGCACGUGUCUAGACACUGUGCACCUCUGGCAUUUGUGGUUGCAAUUUAGGUUGGCUUAUGUGUCAAAGGAAUCUCUCGUUUUUGGAUGCGGCAAACUCGUGUGGGAUGCACGUGCCAUAGCUGCGCAUUACGUGAGGUCGCUCAAGGGAUUCUGGUUGGAUGUUUUUGUCAUACUCCCGUUUCCUCAGGCAAUAUUUUGGUUGUUACUGCCAAAAUUGAUCGUGCAGGAGAAGAUUGAGCUGGUAUUAACAAUAGUAUUGCUAACCUUCUUGUUUCAAUUCCUCCCUAAGCUCUACCAUAGCUUUUGCUUGAUGAGCAGAAUGCGAAAAGUCACAGGCUACAUCUUCGGCACCAUUUGGUGGGGUUUUGGUCUUAACCUCAUUGCCUACCUGAUUGCCUCUCAUGCUACUGGAGGAUGCUGGUAUGUGCUUGCUACUCAGAAUGUAGUGUCCUGCUUGAGGAAACAGUGUGAAAGAAAUGGCAACUGCAAGCUCUCUUUGUCAUGCUCAAUGGAUGUUUGUUAUCAAUUUAUGUAUCCUGAAGAUAAAUUUGGAAACCAAUGUGGCAAUCACUCAAAAAUGAUUGCAAAGCCCUUGUGCUUGGAUGAUGAAGGUCCAUUUAAUCAUGGGAUCUAUACAGAGGGCCUUCUAGUUGUUACCAGCAAUUCACUUGCUGUCAGGAUACUUUAUCCCAUCUUUUGGGGCUUGUUGAACCUCAGCACUUUCGGCAAUGAACUCAAUCCAACCUGUAAUUUGGUAGAAGUUAUGUUCAGUAUAUUCAUAGUGCUGUGUGGCUUUACUCUCUUCACUUUAAUGGUUGGGAACAUCCAGGUAUUUUUGUCUGUGAUCUUGGCAAAGAAUAAAAACAUGCAGCUGAAGCGCAGAGAUAUAGAAUGGUGGAUGAGCAGAAGACAAUUGCCAUCUAAUUUAAGACGAAGAGUUCGCCAUUUUGACAACCAAAGAUGGGCAAUCAUGGGAGGAGAAGAUGAUAUUAAAUGGAUUGAAGAAUUGCCUGAUGGCCUCCGAAGAGACAUCAAGCGGUAUAUUUGCCUAGACCUCAUCAAAAAGGCACCUUUGUUUCACAAUUUGGAUGAUCUUAUUCUCGACAACAUUUGUGAUAGGGUCAAGCCCCUUAUCUUCUGCAAAGGCGAAAAGAUAAUUAGAGAAGGAGAUCCUGUGCCAAGGAUGUAUUUUAUAGUUCGUGGGCGCGUAAAGCGUAGCCAAGGACUUAGUAAAGGCAUGGUAGGCACAAGUGUGCUUGAACCUGGAGGCUUUUUAGGUGAUGAAUUGCUCUCCUGGUGCCUACGUCGCCCAUUUGUAAACCGCCUUCCAGCAUCAUCUGCAACAUUUUACUGUCUGGAACCAACAGAAGCAUUUGGUCUUGAUGCAAACCAUCUCAGAUACAUCACUGAUCACUUCAGAUACACGUUUGCUAGCGAAAGACUCAAGCGAACCUUGAGAUAUCACUCAUCUAAUUGGCGAACAUGGGCGGCUGUGAACAUACAAUUUGCUUGGCGACGAUACAGGAUGAGAACGGGGGGUCUAGUGAUCCCUGUUGUGAUAAAUGGGAACGUUGAGAAUCUUCUUCGGCGAUAUGCUUCAAUGUUCAUGUCACUCAGGCCACAUGACCACCUUGAAUAAAUGCAAGUCUUUUAUUUUUCCAGGAAAAUAACUGAAUUCACAACAUUAGAAUCUGGAAAACAAAAUGUAUAAAAAAGCAUGUUAAUACUCGAUAGAAGAUAUGUUCCCAAACAGAAUAAAGGAGAGAUUCCUCUGUAAUAGUCCAAGGAUCGUUCAAAACCACAAAUCCUUGAACUUUAAAAUAAGAAUGGAUGUCGGAGCUUGAUGUUCGAAAAUAGAUGCGGUUGUCCGUAAAUGAGAGUUUGGUCUCUCUGCUACCUGAUACAUGAGUUAUUAACAGUUGAUGUUCUUUGGCUUAAA